CUCUUCUUCCAAUACUUAGUCUCGAUGUCCGAUGUCCAAUGUUCAAUGUCCAAUGUCAUGUGUAUGUUAAUUGUCCAUCACUUCCCCGCCUCUCUCUCUGUCUUAAUUUUUUUUUCCUUCAAAAAGGGAAAAGGCAUUCAUGUAUUCAUGUACGCUUCGUCAUCAUCACCACAAUCCUUUCCCUCCCCUUCCCUCCUCCUUCUCCGAGAGCUGCAGCUUUCAGUUGACCAAACAUUGUUAUACAGCCUUACAUUUCUCAUGUUACUGAACCCAAAUCCUCCAACUUCAUUUCCUAUUCAAAUUAAUAUGUCCUAGUUUGUUCAUCCCCCUCCUCCUCAUCCUUUCAAGCAUUAUCAUCAUUCAGAUGGGGUAUAAUGUGGAAUGAACAUGCCAUCAUCACUCACCCGCCCAACAAACACACACACACAAAAAAAAGGGUUUGUAGUAAGAUAGUAGUAGAUGGCUACAUAAUCCAUGUCCUUCAAAUGAUUGUCUGCAUUGCUUAUAGUAUUGCUCUUCAAGCACCCUUGUUCUCGUGGUUCUCUCCUUCCAAUGACAUGUCGCAUCAUUCCUCUCUCUCUUUUUCUCUUUCUCUUUUCUCUUUCUCUUUCUCUCUCCUUCUUUCUCUUCACACAUGCAUGAUAAAGACAUUUAUUUAUUCAAUCCAGUCGACUGACCGAAAAAAUAUAGCAUUCUCUAUGAAUAUGUUCAUGUUGAAUGUAGAGCCUUUUUUUAUUUUUUAUUUUUUUUAUUUUUCCCUUCAAAUAAACAACUGGUAUGUUUUGUCAUAAUGUUGUCUAUUCUGUCGAUUAUUUAUUUAUUUG